GCGUUUUUGGGCUUUUUUGAAAAAGAAGAUCUGACGUGGCCUAGACCACCACAGAGUUGAAUUGUCCGUACUUUAUCGUACGUGAAUAUAUCGUCCAACAAAGAGCAGAAAUAUGGCCUCAUAUCGUUCUCCAAUGGGUUUAGGUUGUAUUAGCUUCUCUCUAAAAUCAUCAUCAUGCUCACCUCCGUACUGGAUCUGUCGACAAUUUUCCGAAAGUGAAUGAAUAGCGCUGAAAUUUUUAUCGAAACAAAUAGAUCUUCGUUCACACUUCAGAUCAUUCCGCUACGUGCUCCAACAAGAACGUCUGACUUUUGCUAAAGUCGACCAAACGUAAGAAGACGAGUGUCCCAUUCAUGAUAGUACCCUACCGGGAGGUCGUACUGGGGUUCUGUUCGUAGGCAAUUUACGAUUUCUGAAUUUUCCUUAUACCGUUUAUUUUUCGUCCAUUCGCAAACAACUACAUCUACAACAAAAACAAAUGAUCUCCCGCAGAGACCACGACCACCUUGCGACAACACGACCAUACCUUCUUUAGCUCACAACUAGUACGGAUGAAGAUAAUUCCUGUGGAAUUGAUUCAUUUUUUGGUAGCAGACUUUUUUGGUUUUGUUUUUCGAUAGGGCUCUUCUUUUUCGCUUUAUCCUUAGAAGUGGAAGAAGAGCCUGAAGAACAGUAAAUACAAGUUUAUUGACGUAGUUUGAUGUCUACUCAGCAUCGUUUUUAUCCUGUGUAAAGGUCAUCUUUAAGCUGCAUUUCAAAGCAGACUCUAGCAGACACCGACAAAAAUCCUUGACCAAAAUGGCGAAAAAUCUCGACAAGAGUCUCGACGAUAUGAUCGAGGCGAAGUUCAAGAAGAACACAACGACGACUUCUACACCGAAUUCUACUUCCUAUGGAAAAAAUAAAGGCUCUGCAACGAAAACCUUCCGGGCGAAGGGAACAGCGCCUUACGCGGCGCAGAAUCAUGGCAACAAUUACAGUUCCCCGUACGGGAAAAAUCAGCAAGGUACGAGUGGUAAGAACUUCAACUUCAACCACUACAAUACUAGCAAAGGCGGCGGGGGCGCGGGAAAGACUACUACACCGACCUACUAUGCGUACCAGCCGAAUUCCUACAAUUACAACCAGCAGGGAAAGGGAGGGAAGCAGAAUUUCGGUUCUUUCCACCAGAAGGGAAAAGGUGGCAAGACUCCCACGGCUUCGUACAGCAAGAUUACUUUCAUCAAGAAAAACACAACGACAGCAGCAGCAGGAACAGCCACGGAAAAGAAUAAUAAUAAGCCUGUAAAGGAACUGACCGCGAGCGAGAAGGUGGACAAGCCCUUGGACGAGGUAGUACAGUUGGCGUUGAAGGCAAGGAAGAAUAAACAGUUGAACAAAAACAGUACUUCUGCAACGAACAAUAAGACCGCAGCCACAGGAGGUCCAUUGAACAAAACCAUCUCGAACCACAAGGGGUUAAACUCUCUGGCGCAGAUAUCCAAGAAAAAAACUUUGUAAGUGUAACUUUUACUUUGUGUUGCAGAAAAUGCAAAACUGUUACACUUGUCAUGCUGGACAUGCACCAGAGGCUAUUUUCGUGCGUGUUUUCAAGUACUAGCUACGCAUGAUAGAUUUUCUGUGUCAUGCAGAGCAAACUUGUGAUGCUAUUCCUGCAAGAAACUUACACUUACACACUUUUUUUCUUGGAUAGCAAAAGAGACAGUUGGCGGACCGCUUGAAGAAUGCGCGGGCGAAAAUUGGGGUUCUGAAAGCCGUAAAGGGCGCGGGCAAGGCGGGUUUGAAGCUGGGCACCGUGUUGAAAAGUGCAAUCGCGCCGAAGAAGGGGAAGGGAAAGGUAAAUUUUUGCUUGAUAAAACUACAGUACUAGAGCGGCCCCGAUAGAAGAACAAGAAGUUCUCGAUAAACUGGAAGAUUGCUGCAUUUUUGAUGGAGAAUUUUUGUACUGAUGAUUUGAUUCAAAUAAUGAAGCUGUUUUUGCUCAGAUACUACUGCUUCUAUUUCAUCUUUUUCAACAAAUAAUAAACAUCAGGGUGCUACAAUCACUACGAAGGGAAGCACCAGCUACACUGGCAAAGGGGCAGCAACAUCGAAGACGCACUACGCAAGCCACCAGCCAUACACGACUUCCGGGAAAGGAACCCAUUAUCAUUCCUACGGAGCAAAAGGGACGACGACCCACAAAGGCUCGUCCUACCAUCACGCAGCAGCUCCGCCGUCGCCCCACAGUCUCUGGGAAGCCGGUUUCAAUGCGGGCAGAAUGGCAGCAGGAGAUCAACACAACAACCAGCACUACUACGGCGAGCCAGCAGGAGGUCCGCCUGCGAUCGGGCCGCCUCCGGGGAAGGGCGGGUCGUAUGGGCCCCCGCCGCCGGGGGAGUAUUAUGCUCCUCCAGGGGCGACCUCGACCUACUACGGGGGUCAGCACCCUCCAAGCAGUACCACUUCUUACGGACCCCCGGGCGGAGGUCCUCACCACGAACCUAGUUCCUACUACGGAAGCUACGGUAGCACUGCUAGUGGUCCUGGAAAACAGGACUACAAUUCAUCAACAUGGACGUCGAGCAACGGGGACCACCAGCAGCACUACAAGGGCAGUGGUGGGAGUACUAACGACUAUGGUUACGGCAAGCAAGACAGCUGGGGUUUAGAUCAUCAGCACGGUGGCGGAAAUUCUACAAAAGGAAAUCAUUACGACAGCAGUUGGGACGAUGGUCAACAUCAGAACUACUCGAAAAACAACGGCGGUCAGACCUACUACCGAAUUGUGCCACGGAACAAAGGGACAAGUGGGAACAAACAGAACUAUCCGGAUUCCUCCGACUUCGAACCGUCUCACCACCAGCACGACAAGCGAUACUCGAAUUUCCAACAAAAGGGGGGGAGCAUAUCAACUGCAGAAAUGUCUGGGUCCGGAAGAAUGCAUGUUUGUCAUGCUUGUCUGGCAUGACUCUCAAAUCUGUCAUGCACGUUACCUCCCGAGAGCCCCAUUUUUCUGCCGUGCAGAUGAAACGCAGCUUGUCAUGCAGAAUGGGCAACACCUAGGUAGAAGCUCAGAAACUUGUCAUGCUGAGCCAGCACUUGUUGCUUCCUCAUGAUUCCCCACUCCGCAUUACAACCUUCCAGACCCAGACGCAUUUGCAUUUCAUAGAGCAACAAGAACCACAAAAAUUCCGGUAAUGGUCCUGCUGCAGUGGUUAUGAACGGCAAAAGUAUCGUACUCGUAGUAAUUGCAACCAUGCAUUACAAAUCUCUCUCUUAACGAAAAUCUGCAUCACAAAUUCCAUUUCUCAUGCUAAGCAAAUUUGUAUUGCAAUUUCUACUAGUACGAUGCUUUUGCAGUUCAUAGUAGUUGUUUCCAAAGGCCCGGUCGCGGUGCCGCGAAACAAGGACGGGAUUCCGCAUUCGUUGUCCAAAUUUAAAAACUCGGGGAAACUGAUCCAAAUCGCCAACUGCCCCAUCGACAUCGCGAGGGGCGAACUGCAGAAGUCCUUCGAAGACAUUGGGAAAACGCUGCACACGGAGCUGUGUCGGGUCACGCAGAUUGCCUGGAUCGCGUUUGCCGAUAAGAAGUGCGCGGGCGAGGUAUGAGAGUGCACAACAUGCCCUUCCCCUCAUUUGUAUGGCAUGAACAGCAAUGCACACGCCAGCACUCUUGGGGCCUGUGCAUGACAAGUGCAUGCGCCGAAGGUGGUACUGUCUGGCCUUCCAAAAUUUGUCAUGCGAACAGUGCCACAGGGCAACAAAUGGAUUUGCGGUUUUGCAUGACAAAUGAGGGCGAGGAGAAGUUGUGCACUCUCAUACGAGGCGCUGGCGCAGUACGAUGGCGGGGAAAUGUAUCAAAUGUAAAAAUGUCUGGGUCUGGAAACUUGUGAUGCUGAGUGGCGUCUCAUGAUGAGGCUACACAUGCUGGCUCAGCAUGACAAGUUUCUGAGCUCCUAGGUCUUGCCUAUUCUGCAUGACAAACUGCGCUUCUGCAUCACAGAAAAACUGAGCUCUUGGGUAACGUGCAUGACAGAUUUAAGAGUCAUGCCAGACAAGCAUGACAAACGUGAUUUUUUCCAGACCCAGACAUUUUUGCAUUUGAUAAAAUGAACGGGAGAACGAUCAAAGUGACCUUGGUGUAGUGGAAUGAUAUAUGAUCUGCUGACUUGUUCUUCUGACGAGGAGGUGUAGUAGUUUCGAUAAUACGAAGAUGAAAUUUUUACUAUGAAAACGAGAUCAAGCUGCUGCUGCUGCUGCUGCUCCUGCUGCUUACACCGUUAUACAGAAAUAAACCACGAACACGCUCGUGCUUUUAUUUACCAAGGAAGUAGACAACGCGUUGGACGAUAGAAGGAUUUAUAGAAGGAUUUAUUACUAUGUACGAAGCUCUUUGACAGAGCAGUUGGUGUAUUACUUUGAGUCUGGUGGAAUCUAAAAAAAAUUAUGCGCAGAAGAUUUUUGUCUUCAAAUAAUUUCCAUCACCGGCACUGGAUUUUUUUGACAGAUUUUUUCCAAAACAACAUAUAGCUGUAGUGUGCCGUUUUGGAAAACCACGACAGUAUCAUCCAGCAUCUUCGCAAACCCACGCACAACUCGAUUUGUCAUUGUCUCCCGCACAGCUCUGUUGCUAUCUUCCGGCAGAAGACGAUGCUUCAUCUCGCUACGGUACUACGAGACAGGUGGAAAUACAAACC